CUAAUGAACAAAUUCAAGAUUAACAAGUCACUAAAAAUUUUCGAAAUAGGAAUUAAGCAAGAAAAAUAGUGUUAUUGGCUGAAUAUAAGUUCACGCAAAAUUGUGUAAAAAUAACCGCUACCAACAAUCAAGUUAUGAAUGCAAGUUUAAGGUAAGACAUGCUUAAAUAAUCAUAUUUUUGAAUAUUUAAACAAAACGAGCUUUAAAUGCUAAACAAAAUUUGCAUACUGCAUUGCCGCCAUUAUUGCAAUUGUGGCAUGCAACAAGAGCUUUUCACCACCAGCCUUUCAAAACUACCAGCUGCCAUCAAAACCUCCCCUUUUUACUUGCUCCUACUUACGCUCUUCGCGUUUAGAGGCGCAUUUUGAGUGUUUCGAAAUUGGAAAAGCUCAAAUACUCGUCGCUUUGUCUCCCACAGCCAUUUUCGUGGUGUCUCAGUUGAGUAAAGGAUAUACGCGCGUGCGGUUGUUGCUGCCAUUAAUAGACGCUGCAGCGCUCUAAUUAAAACCAUAAGUCAAAACUGUCAAAAAAAGUGUGAUUUUUUUUUGUAAAUUGCCAUUUUAUAAAAUCUACAGCAAUUGUACGGCUGCAAAAAUAUUAUAUAUACACAUUGUCUAAAAAUGUUUGGUGUUGCGUUGUGUGCAAAGCAUGUGCGUGCGUGUGAGUUGUGUGCAUACUUAUAGGCGUUGUAUGAAAUUCCUAAGCAACAAUUAGACGAGUCGUACAAAAAAAAAAACUAAAAAUGAAUUGUGAAUUCAAUAUCUACGCGUAAAACUACGAAAGCAGACAUUUUGCAGCGAGUGCGCGAUUUCGAAACGGCAGCGAAAAGCAAAUGCAGAGAGCAAGUAAAAAUUGUGCCAUACAAAAUUUAAUUAAAUGAAGUAUUAAAAGGUGUAACGCAAAACAGCUUGUGAGCGUAAGUACGUGCGUGCGUAUGUGUGUGCCCGUCUAAUAAUUCUCUAUAUGCGCGCAGACAUGCUGCGGCGAGUGCUGCUGCUGCUUUCAACCGCUUGGCACCUUAAUCAAGUUAGUUAGUUGGCUGUGGCAGUCGUCGUGACUCGUACAAUAGAGACGCUGCACAAACUUAAGAAGCUAAAUGUUGCGCGUCUAACUUCGACGCGUACCACACAUGUCUUAACCACGUCCUGAAGCCGUGCGGUGUACAUAAUUCGAAGUUUAUGCGCUCAUCCUUGGCGUUCGUUCGAAAUUUCGUGCUGUGCCGCGUGCCUUGUAAGUCGCGCGCUCGUUGUUGCUUCGUGCAUGCCGUCCGGCAGCGACCGGUACACGUUUACCACCUCGACUGAGCACUUUCCGCUUCAACGCUGUUCUUGUCUAUCGUUAAUGCAUUAUUCGCGCUGUAUAUGUUUGUGUGUGUAUGUAUAGACGAAAGCAUAUAACACAACGCGCGUGUGUCUUCCUAACUUCAGGCAAGCUUAAGCUUAUGCUGUCUGUGUUGUGUUCGUACGCAAGUCCUUUUCACCACACUCGCGUUUCAACUCUCCAUUCGCUAAAGCUUCAGACGGUCGUCUCUUAUCGUUGGUUUUUUGCUGCCAAGGUGAAGUUUGCUGACUGGCGUGUUACCCACACACUCGCACACGCAAAUACCAGUCUAUAAAAAUCUCUGUGCAUACAUAUGUACAUACAAACAUAUAUUAGUGUAUGUGCUUGUGGUUAUGCGCGUAAAGCGCAAAGUCAUACAACCGGAUAUAAGCGUGCGUAUAACCGGCUUUAUUGGCCUAUCGGAUGUGUGGACUUGAGGAAGUGUAGAAGAUGCAUAAUCCCCUCUGUGUAUGAAUCCCGUUUGCCAACUGUGUUUAGUUAAACGUAGAGUGAGAAAUAUCGUAAAUAAUUAAAUUUUCUGUGUGAAUCCUAAAAGUAUGCAAUUGUUUUGCCACGAAAUUCUCCGAAUACACACAAAAAGUUCCACGUUCACUGAAAAUGUUUUCUACUCUAAAGUAUUCAAUUAGUGCGUGAAAUUAAAUUCGUUUUUUAAAUCCAUACAUACAUACAUAUAUACUCAUAUUUAAUAAUCAACAAUUGUGUAAACAUCUACCGAAAAAUUAAGUUACUUACUUCCAUAAAUGCACACAGAGCACAAGGCGCAAGUGUGAGCGCGCAUAUGGUUGUGUGGUGGUUUUCUAAGCGUUUAAAAAACGAAAGAGUUCAACGGAAUUUUUUACCGAGACUAUGAAAAAAUAAUCAAGGUGCCGUGUGUUAGAAAAAAUAAGACACAACUCCUGUAACGACGCCAGAGCUACGAUAACUGUGAAAACUCAAUAACUUGCAACACAAUUGAAACUAUUUAAACGCUAAAAUAUUGUUACGGAUAUGGAAGUGCGGGGGAAAUGUCAGUGGCAAGCCAAUAAACAACCACAACAGCAACAAAAACUACAAAAACAACAGCAAAAUCCGCCACGAGAACUAUUUGAAGUGCUGCAACAAACCCAACGGAAAUGCCACCAAAACCAAAACGAAAGAACAAACCACCUACGAUUACAGCAAAUACAACACAAACAACACACAAAUGAAAAACAUGCAGUAAUUACAACGCAGCAGCUGAAAACGGUGCAAAAAGCAAACGAAAACGUUGAACGACAGCAACAGCGAAGCGCGUUACAGCAACAUCCUAAAUUAUUACCCAUAAAUCAUCAUCGAUGGCCAAUGCCGCCAUUACUGGCGCACGUAGCCACAUUGCCACCAACACCAACGCCACACAGUGCAAGCACUUCACCAAAUCCUAAUGUAGUCAACGAAUUUGUGCGCUUCACUGCAGCUGCCAUUCGCCGAAGCCUGGCGUACGCGACAGCGACAUUAGCGGUCGCGGCAGUGACGAAAGCGAAAGCACUCACUGCAGUUGUUGCGGGUUGUUGUAGGAAACGAUUUCCAAUACUUUGGUUGUUGGCCUUACUCAGUGCGGCACAAUUCUCACCAACAGCAACAUCAACGGCAGCGGCAAGCAGAGCUGCAGCAACUAACGGCGUGUUCAGCCCAACGCCAAAGCUACUGCCACACGGAAUGCUGAGCACCGCCGCAACUGUCACCGCUGCCGCUCUGCUGAGCCAAGCAUCCGCUGCACAAGCGGCCAUUUUGACUGCCAACGUACCCACAUUUGAGCCGAGACUAACGCGUUACAAAUUCCCCACAGAAGCAGACGAAGGUGUGGGAACGGAUGGCUACGCGGAUGCGGAUGCAGAUGCUUUGGUGCAGGUACAGGUAAAACGCAUUAAUCUGCUGGAUAAUGAUGAUGAGUCGGCAGCGGUGGCAGCAGCAGCACCACCUUCACAACCCGAGGAACUUGGUGAGGAGGAGCUGACGUCCGAGCAGGAAGAGCUAUACGAUGAGGACCAACAGCUUUCACAGCAAGCUGCCACUAGAAAGUUGAAUAGCAAUGAACAACAGUUGCUUAUGUUCUAUCGACGUGUGCAACAUGCAGCCGAGCGGCAGCAACAACAGCAUGGCCACCAAUACCCAACAUCGCAUCGUCAUUAUCAACGUGCGGGCGUAGAAGAACAACCGACAUCCUUUCUCGUUGAGUCAAAGUCGCAUUACGCCGACAUAACACCAACAGUUGACAGUGUGGUUCCGUUGCCCAGCGACGAUAUGUUGGCUAUGCAAUCAUCGCACAAACAUGUCACCAAACGCAGUGCAACCACUAAGCUGGCACCGACGACUGUAACGCCAACCGCGCACACUGCAAGUACUACCACCGCUAACAUCAGCAGCGUAGCAACUAACAACGCAACCGCAGCAGUAAACAAUACCGAAGAGGAGAAAUGUGAACCAAAGGUGUUGGAUGAGGUGCCACCCGAACCGUUCUUUGAUUUCUCCGACAUCGCCGAAGAUGCUGCACGCCAAUUCACUGAAUUUAUUACGAAUAAAUUUGGCAGCUCAGGCCCACCAUCGCAGCAGGCCAUCACAGCGGAAUUGCGUGAAGAGUUGCGACGUCGUGCCAACGGCAUUGCCAGUUAUGCACUAAACGAAGAUGAGAAUCUGUUGGCGUUUGCAAUUGCAGCGCCGAGCAUACAAACGGUUGUGGUCAAGUUCAGGGACGAUGUAACGAUACCACCGGAUCAGAUACACAAUAAAGCAAUACUUGGUUCCUAUUGGCGUGAAUUGGGUGUGGCGUGGAACAGCACGGAGGGCACACAGGAGUGGGGUGCACCAUUCCGGGAUUGUAAUGUGUUGAAAAAACGUUGGCUGUGGCCGUUUCGCAUUACAUUUAGUGAAAAUAAAAUGAAAAUUGGCGCUGUCGCCUUUAUCGCUGCUGACGAGGACGUCUGUAAUGAUGGGCUGGAGGAAGUUUUCGGACGAAAGCAUGGCUGCGAUCGCAACACCACAUUUUGUUUACUUACCGAAAAUAAACCCUCGGCUACACGUGAUGUCUACACCUGCAUCUGUCGUGAAUCCUUCUAUUUGCCCAACUCAACACUACAGGGUUUUCGUGGUGAUAUCGUGGAAGCAUCCGAGGGCUAUGGCAAUUAUUCUUGCAUACCCUGUCCCGAUGGCUGUACAACAUGUGAUCAACAUGGUGUUUGCCUGCUGGGUGAACCACCCGAGGUUGUGUCAAUGGAGAGCUUAUUAAAUGUAUCUGUGGGCUCGGUAUUGGGCGCAUGCAUACUUUGUUGUAUCGUAUUGAGUGUAAUUGUUUUCCGGCAGAGAAAAUGUAAGGCUAUUGCUUCAGGCAUGUGGACAGUGCUGGAAACAAUUUUAUUGGGAAUCAUAUUACUUUAUGCAUCGGUUGCCGUCCAUUUCUUUCCCGCCACCACCGAACGCUGUCUACUUGAACCAUGGCUGCGUGAACUUGGCUUCAUCACCUGCUACGGUGCCAUCAUAUUGAAAUUGUAUCGCCAUCUGGUCGAUUUUCGUACACGCAAGGCGCAUCGCUGGGUGUUGCGCGACAUCGAUUUGCUGAAAUAUUUGGGCACGAUGGUAUUUGCGGUCACCUGUUAUAUGGCCGCCUUCACUGCCGCCGCACUAGAUCUGAUCGAUGUGUCACAGUUGGGCACGUUGCGUGAGCAGCGCACAAACACUUGCCUGCCACUUAAGUGGGAAUAUGUGACACAGGUCAGCGAAGUGUUAAUACUCUGCUUCGGCUUGCAUUUAGCUUUCGCCAGUCGUAAUGCCAACACGCAAUUUAGAGAAAGACAGUUCCUCGUUGCGACACUGGUCAUCGAAUUUCUGGUGUCGACCACAUUCUAUGUGCUGCGUUUCUUCUAUUUGCCCGAAAUGAGUCCGAGCGCUAUAUUUUUAGCGCUUUUCCUGCGCUCACAAUUGACCAACACCAUGGCGUUGGGUUUGAUAUUUGUGCCAAAAUUGUGGUAUCAGCAUAAGCAGUGUUUGUUGCAAAUUCAUAGCUUGCAGGUCCCCUUGCCCAUGAAUCUAUCAAUACGUUUACCUGUGGAUGCUUUCAAGGUCAACGAUCCGCAACGUCUGGGCGGUGGUUAUGCUGGUCUAUGUUUGGGUGAUCCCGAUAUUGGUGAACUGACCAUUGCCGAAAUGAGCCCAGAGGAUAUACGUGCUGAACUUAAAAGACUGUAUACACAACUUGAAAUUUUAAAGAAUAAAACCUUACGUCAAGACAAUCCGCAUAUAAGUAAACGACGUGGCGGACGGAAAGCUGGACAUCGUCGCUUCUCGUUACAAAAAAAAGGAAGCAAAGAUAAGGCUCUAAGUGCCAAACACCGUAGCAACAAGCAUCAUCAAGACAUAGAAAUCACCGAAGCCGAACCAUCGCGCACACCCGAAGACUCUGUGUGCAGUGUAGAGGGCCCGACCGACGCCGAGAUAUCGGGCAUUUCGCAUUCAAUGCUAUCACAUUCCGCCAUUUCUCACUCAAUCGUCUCACAUUCGAAGUGAAAUACAAAGUCCACAACAUGGGUGUGAAAGCAGUGUGAAAAAAUGGUUAAAAGAAAAUCGUAAAAAAUUGCGAAAUCGAGUGAAGUGAUAAUAAGAAAUGAAGUUAAAAGAUUUUGAAGGUGGCACGUGGUCAUUACGUUUUUGUUUUUGAAAAAUAUUGUAAGCACCUAAAACGGAACUAUUUUCAAAGAUCUGAAAGCUGACAAAUGCAUUAUGUACAUACAGACAUAUAGAUUUAAAUACGCUUAAGAAGGUAAGCAGUUAUAACAUAUUUUAUUAUUUUAAGUAAUUUUUUUACAUUUUUCUAAAAUUUUUACUAAGAAGUUUAUCAAUUUAGCAUUGUUUAAUGUAGCGAUAUUUUAUUUCUAGUGAAAAAAAAAUUAUAAAUUGUUUCAAAAACUUUAUGUUUAGUUGACAAGUUUUGAAGUGAUCGAUUUUCCUUCAUAACAUACCCCAAAAUUGUUUGCAACUUAAAAGGGUUAAUUAAAAAAAUGGACUGGAACAUAGAUCCAAACUUUUGUUGCACAGUCAAAUGUAGAGGACCAAAAAACUUAGGUUAUCGGUUCUUGUCUGCAAAACCGUUGGCGAGUGUACUUCUAGCAUUUAUUUAUAAAUAUAUAUACGUAAUUUUUCUAAAUUAUAUGGGGGAGGACUUCAGUUUCCAACUCAAUUAGUACAUUAUUAAACAAGUCGAUUAAAAUCGAUAAGGAUUUGUUAAUAAUAGCACUAUUCUCCAUACUUGAGCGAAAGCUCAUUAGCUCUCAGCAUGUGGAAAGCUUUCGAAUGUUUUGAGCUUUCAUAAGUUUUAGCUCAGUGCACUCUCAUAAGCAAUUAGACUAUUUUUCUGUUUAGGUUAGUUGAGUGGCUGUCUGAUGAUGCAUUAGACUGAUUACAGGGUUUGUCUGGAAAGUAAUAGAACUGAUUUUCUUCCGCCGCGGUUGUACUUCGGUAGAGAGUGUUUCUAGCUAACGAACGAGCGAGUGGUCAGUUGUCUCCGAGCACCUGGAGAGUCAGAACAAACAUUUUCGCGCAACGUGUUUCUAUGAGUGGUGCAAGUCGAAAAUACAGCAUUCGUUAGCAGAGGUACGCGAUUAAAUUCUGUGUGAAACUCGGUAAAUCUGCAACAGAGCCGUUUGAUAUGAUCAAGCAGGCUUAUACAGAUGUUGCUUUAGCAAGAAGUAGUGUGUUUCGGUGGCAGCAAGUCUUUUUGGAGGGCCGGAAAGAGGUCGCUGGUGAAGACCAUGUGAAAACGAUGCUCAUUGUCUUCUUUGAUAUCAAAGGUAUCGACCACCAUGAAUUUGUUCCUCCUUGACAAACCGUCAAGGCCAAAUUUACCUGGAAGUCCUCAAGAGACUCAAACGAAGGGUCAAUCGGGUCCGGCAAGAUCCGAUCAAUGGGGUCUACCGGCUCACACCUACUUUCUUGUGAACAGCUACCAAUGCUUGCAUCCCAACGCUUCCGUAGCCGCUUUACAGCCCAAAUGUGGCCCCUUUUCUUUGUUUCCUUGCCUGAAAAGGACGAUGAAAGGCAAGCAUUUUGAGACGACAUAGGAGAUCCCAGCAGUAUGCACCUCGGCUCUCAAGCCUAUUCCGGAGAUUGCCUUCCAUGACGCAGACAAUGCUUGGAAAUCGUGCUGAUCGACGCAGAAGGAGCCUAGUUUGAA